GGCCACGCCCAUGGCCCCCGGUCAGAUCCCGCUUGAAGUUAAUAUAGAUCGCGGACUCAGGCGACGUUCCAGCAGCGGACUCAGGCUGGAAUCCACGGACGCUGGGACAGGCCGCCCGCACACAGUGCCCGCCCCGCGCGGGCCCCGACGCCCCACGCAGGACCCGACCACCAGCCCGGGGACCCCAGAGGGGCGCCUCCCUGAGGCCGAUGCCCACCCGGGAGCACCCCUGGACCCGUCCACCGGGCCCUGGGCCCUGGACGCGGCCGCCGGGAGGCCACACAUCCGGCGCCCACCGCCCUCUUCGCCAGCCCCGGCCCGCGGCCCACCAAGACCGGAGGCCCAGGAAGAUCGCCUUUGCGGACGAGUUGCCCUCCCGCGCCCGCCCAGACGCCCAGCGGCCGCCCCGCGCCUCUCCGGCGCCCGACUACGAGCUCAAAUACCCUCCCGUGCGCUGCGAGCGUGGCCGGCGCUGCUAUGCCGCCGUGUUCCGGGACCAGUACUGGGAACUUCUAGAACUCCAGAAAGAGGUGGAGUCGACACAGGCCAAGCUUGGGCAGCUGGAAGCCCUGCUCAGGACGCUGCCCCCUGCCCGAAACCAGAAGGAGGCCCACAUGGCAGCCUACAUCUGGAGAGCGUUGGAGAAGAAGUGGAUGGACCCUGCCUUCCUGGAUAAGCAGGCUCGCUGUCGUUACCUGAAGGGCAAACUGAGACACCUCAAGACCCAGAUCCAGAAAUUUGAUGAUCAGGAGGACAGCAAAGGCUCUGUGUACUUCUGAGUGCCUGGAGUGGCACUUGCUCUCCACCCUGCCUGGGGUGGCAGACGUCCUGGGCUCAGAGCUGACAGUGGCCCCUCCAGGCAGCCCAGCCAUCCCUGGAUCCUGUGGGGACCCUGGGGUCUCAGUCCGCCACCUUGGAGACUCUGGUCCUGCUCUCCACCCCAGUGGAAUAAACAUGGAUCCAACCAGGCACACCUCCCCUGACUCCACUCCCUUCUCACCAGUGUUCUUCGAGGAAGAGCACGACAUUCAGACUUCGUCCAGCCUCAGUAGGGUCAGCAUUUCCGCAGGUCAGGCCUGGUGUAGUGGUGCACACCCCUAUAAUCCCAGCACUCGGGAGGCUGAGGCAAGAGAAUCU